CAAAGAUUCCAGUCUUUUCAGCGUUCGUCCCACCUUGCAUGAAGAUAAGCAACGCUUGCGCACGAAAUAUAAGCGUAUAAAUCAGUUACAGAAGAGCACAAGCAAGUAGGAUUGAAUGGCUCGAAUGAACGUUUAGCGUGACGCAUUGAACACGGGAUUUAAGCCAGAUUUUUCGGUAUAGUCGCGUAGAUUAUUUUUAAAUAGCGAACCCCUACUUACAAAUUGGGCUUCGUAAGUUAAUCGUCUCCUGCCGUAGAUUCUGGGUGCGAAAGCUGCCUUAUAGUGCAUACACCUCCUGGUUACCACAAUUAAGAAAGGAAUGAGUAGCAGAACACAACGGUGAGCAGUGUACAGAACCAGUCACUAUGAAUUGUUUUGCGGGGUUGUGUUCGUCGCAGGACGAACAAGACGCAUCACAAAAGAACAUGGCGAUCAACAAAGACCUGAAACGCUACAGGAAAAGUUUUGAAAAUCAGCUGCGGCUAUUGCUACUGGGGGCAGGGGAAUCGGGGAAGAGUACCAUCGUCAAGCAGAUGAGAGUGAUCUACAGCACUGGGUUUAGCACAAAAGAGCGCGAGCAGAUGAAGAAGCCGAUAUAUAGUAACAUCUGCAAUUCCAUUAAGACCAUGAUAGAGUUUAUUGAGCAGGCCGAUAUACCAUUAGAGGACUCGCAACUUAUCGAGGACACGGAAUGGAUGACGAACAACGUGGCAGAGGAUGGGAGUGUCACGGCCGAAAACUCGGAAUUCUUCGAUCGCGCAGAAAGACUGUGGCAUAGUGAUGUGAUACAGGAGGCCUAUAGGAGGGCCAACGAGUACCAGCUCUUGGAUUCGACCAAAUAUUUCUUUGAUGACAUUGAGCGAAUUAGGAAACUAGACUAUCUCCCCUCGGACCAGGAUAUGUUACAAGCACGAAUCAUCACCACUGGAAUCUUCGAAACUAAAUUCAUCGUCAAGGGCGCCACAUUCCAUAUGUUCGAUGUUGGGGGGCAGCGAUCGGAACGGAGGAAGUGGAUCCAGUGCUUUGCUGAUGUCACGGGCAUCAUAUAUAUAGUGGCCACAAGUGCCUAUAAUCAGUAUCUGCGGGAAGACACCAGCCAGAACAGGCUGGUGGAGAGUCUUGAGCUGUUUACCUCCAUAUGGAAGAAUCGGUGGCUAUCGCAGGUUUCCGUUGUGCUGUUUUUGAACAAAUGUGACUUACUGAAAGAGAAGAUCGAGGUGUCGGACAUGGGUGAUUACUUCGACGACUAUGAUGGUGGCUGUGACUAUGAAAAUGCCAAAGGCUUCAUCAGAAGUAAGUUCCUAGCCAUUGGAAUCGCAACGGAGACCCGACGACUGUAUCCGCAUUUCACCAUAGCAACCGAUACGGCAAACAUCAAGCGCGUCUUCACGGACGUGAAAGACAUCAUAUUACACUUUCACUUGGCCGAAUUUGGUCUGGUAUAGACAUAAUGAUCAACCAGGAUCAGGUACACCGUUUGCCGGUUGGGACAUCUAUCCGUAGGUCUACAGAGCCCGUGAUCUAUUUUUUAGGACCGGUCAUUAUAUUUAUAGGGCAGGUCCGCUUGCCAUGCCCUGUACUCAAAAACCACGCUUACUGUAGAGUUCGUAUGUGUUGCUCCUUCAUGCUCGAGCCGUUGUUCGCUUGGAUGAUGGAUGGUACACCAGAGCUCUCACUUAGAUUCCAAGCUAUACAUACAUACACACAAACACACACACGCAUACAUACAUACAUACGCAACACAUACGCUGAACUGGCCGCACAUAUACACGUGUUCAGAAUCUUGCAUGUGUAGUACGCACUGCAAUACACCCACACACACACGAUCAUAGAGGGAGUUCGAUACGCACCUUAGCACACAGAUAUAUGUACAUAGUCGUACCGUGGCCUCAACUGGGACAGACGGGUGACGUUGCUGGAGAGGUACGGUCAUCAUAAGUAUGCCAAGCUGCUUUCACCAACACCACCGUGCGACACCCCUUUUAAAGCAUCCUUAGCCCCAGGCAUUAGUCUCUGUGGGCAAUGGCUCCUGUGGGCCCGUGAGCUAGUGGUACGCAUAUGCACAACAGCGUGUAUGUGAGCAUCCAGGCAGAGGCAUGUGCGGCUAUUGGCCGAAGAUCCAGGGGAGUCGUGGCCGUGGGGUUGUCAUGACAACCAAACGUGUGGCCGGUGUAUAGGAGACGCCUGACAAUAGCCCCAUACAUACAGAUCAGAUCUUUAUGUAUACUUAAAUUAGUCCGUUCUGGUGUUUUCGUGGGAGUUACAUUUUCUCGUAUGGAACCACUCGUAGGCAGGCUCUGUGUAGGGCGCUACACGUGUGCUUCACACACAUCUGUCAUCACAGCUCAUCUCCACACAACCGCGCACACACUCACACACAUACAUAUACGCACACCGGAGUGCUCCGCACAAGUGUCUGUAGGUACACCUUGCGCUGUCUCUGAGCGACGAGAUAUCCCAUGCAUUCUCUCAGCUGAUACUGUACCGAGUGGCUCAGCGGCCGUCCGUUGCUGUGAGCCCUGACUGUGUGCGUUUCCUAUCCAUACGGGCGAAUGCAGCAUGGCGCUUGGGCUGCAGCUGCACGUGUACGUGUGUGUUUGGCUUGCCUAGUAUUGUACGCGAGUGUGUGCGACGGCUGAAUCUCUGGGUGACCGGGUGUGUUGGGUGGGGUGGGCAUGCGCCUAUAGUAACGAGCACACGCCUGACGCGUCCGGACGACCUCGUGGGUUGGCGCUGCCCUGCCCUGUUAGUCUGAAAAAGGGACCGGCAUGAGGUACCAGUUAGCGGACCUUUCAAUAUCCGUUGUAUACGAAAGUGCAUCCAACACAACCGGCUUUCGCUGUAUUACCCGAACACGAGCGACCCGCGGUACACGCAGACAAUAGUCUCUGGAUGAGGGCAAGUAGCUUCGCAUCGGUAUAGCAUAGUCGAGCUGAGCUGUGAUAUACGCUGAUAGUUUGCACUCGAACAGAAUGUGCCGGGACACCACGCUUAGUCCACCCAAGAUACACAAGUAAAGAUAUAGCCCUCACAAAUCGUGGUUGUUUGUGU